ACAUUUAGAACACCGUGCCAAGAAGUCGAUCUAAAGUAGACCGCUGAAUAGUAGCGAGAUGCCGGGAACAGAACCGCUGAAUAGUAGCAAGAUGCCGGGAACAAAACCGCUGAUUAGCUUCGAGAUGGAGAAAAAAGAACCGCUGAUUAGCUUCGAGAUGGAGAAAAAAGAAUUAAGAUUGGAUGAAGGCAGUGUGGAUUCUUCGACAGUCUUAUUCAGGAGGAAUGAAGACGAUGAGGAUUCUUCGACAGACUCGAAAGCGCGAAAAAUUUGUAUUAUUGGAACCGUGGCAAUAGGCAUCAUAAUUUUGAGCGUAGUAGUGGUGUUGGGCGUAAAACUACUUAUUGCUAAUCAAAGACAAGGUCACGAUGCAACAAUAACAGUAAUCACGAGUUUGAAGGCAGCUCAUAAUGUACUGAAUAAAUUAAACACCAGUGAGGAUCCUUGCAAUAAUUUUUGGAAAUAUUCUUGUGGGGAAUACAUACAAACUCGAAAACCGUUACAGACAUCGAAAUUCAGCUUAGACAUGAACGUAAAAGCAGAAAUGCAGCGAUCCAUUGAUGAAAACGUUAUUGCUUUACUUGAAGAACCAAAUGACGAGUCUACAAUAGAACCUGUCAGGAUGAUCAAGAAGUUGUACAAGUCUUGUACAAACAAAGACACUAUAUCAAUGACAUUGAAGGCGGAUUUAAUAAACCUAUCUGAAACAUUGGGUGGAAUACCUAUGAUAACAGGGCGAAACGUUUCAGGCAAUCAUUCCAGUAUUUUACACAGAUAUUUCACUGUUACAGGAAAGUUACCUUUCUUCAAUUACUAUGUCGUUGAAAGCAAUCAAAAACGCAGCAGCAUAGUCAACUUUCAUUCUACAUUUCGAAGUUAUAGUGAAUCUGUUGGAAAUAUGGCUGCCACUAUGAAAAUAUUAUUUUCUGAAUAUAUUGACUUCGAAAACGUUUUUUACUUUUACAAUAAGCUGGCAACGCUAACUGGAAGGCGAUAUUUUAAAUCCGUAGAUGACUUUUCAAGCGGCUUUCUAUAUACAUCACAUGAUUUAAAUCAAAUUUUAUCUGGUUUGGAUCUGAUGGGUAUCUUUGACGACAUCCUCAACGUUACAAAUGAAACAUCGAAGAAUGCAAGGUUCAUGACAGAACAUGCAGAAAUACUUAAAGAUAUCAGCAGUCUCAUCCUCAAAACACAUCCAACAGAUUUCAUGAACAUUGUUUUCCUUGAAACUCUUCAAGAGUUCUAUGGAGUGAUACCUGCUUUCGGAAUACACUUUGUCAAAUCAUUUACUGGUGGUGUAAGGACUAAUACAUAUGCAAGCAAGCAAUUUUUGGCACCUCAACGUAGAAAGUCUUGUUUAGAUGUAACUAAAUUGGCCGGAGACGUACUGGGCUGGAUGUAUAGUGAAAAACAUUUCGAUGAGGAGGUUGAAGACGAGGUCUCUCAAAUGGUGAGUUAUCUCCUACGAGCUGCAGAGAAGUUAUUAUCUGAGGUAAACUGGGUAGACACCAAGAGCAAAUACUUAGCUUCACAGAGACUUGAGGACCUCAAAAACCGAAUCCACAUAGGUCGUCAAAAUACAGAAAAGACCAAGGAUAAUCUGAUUAAAAGCUAUGCAGAUGUUUCUCUCACCCACAAGUUUCUAUCAAACAUAGUUACAAUGAGUAAAGUGAGUAAUCAGCUUGGGAGAAGACUAAAGAACAACAAGACCAUUGUAAACCAAAAUGACGUGAACGCUGUUUAUAAUGCAUUAUCUAAUUCAAUAACUAUCCCCGUUGCACUGAUGAAGCCUCCACUAUUUAUCAAAGGCGCGCCUAUGCCUAUUAAACUUGGUGGAUUAGGAACAUUAAUUGGACAUGAAAUAUUACACGCUCUUGAUGUUCAUAAUCAAAACUCCCAGUUUAAGAGCAUGUGGUUAACCAAGGAAUCUCAGGAUAAGUAUAAUGUGCUGAAACAAACGGUCAUCAAAUCAUAUUCCGGAUAUAGAAUUAAGUCUUUGAAUACCAAUGUUAAUGGAGAGAGAACAGCUGAAGAAAAUAUUGCUGACUUGGGUGGCUUAAACAUAGCUUAUAAGGCUUACUUGUUGUGGAAGUCAGAUUACCCUCAUAUCAAAUUCCACCUACCAGGUGUUAAUCAAACUGACACACAAAUGUUUUUCACAGCAUAUUCUCAGGCUUCAUGCUCAAGCGAAAAACCCGAAACAGUAACGUAUUCGUUGUUAACUGAUAAACAUGCACCUGUGGAAGCACGUGUCCAAGUGCCAUUGCGGAACUAUGACGAAUUUGCAGAGUCUUUUGACUGCUCUAAAGGUACCUAUAUGAAUCCGGGACAUAAAAUCAAAAUAUGGUAAAUUUUAUGGCCGCAGUCAAAUGAGUGAAACAAAUGAAAAGAGACGAAUUAAUAAACAACGU